AAAAAAACGGGAGGAGGCGGAGUUGUGUUUUGGAUUGAAUGUGCUGUAGAGAAACCUGCCUGUCCACUUGGAGCUCAGAGAGGAGGAGCCUGUGGGGUGUGGAACUCAGACAAAGGAGACGCACACUGACACUGGGUGACGGGCGAAAAGAGGGAAACAGCUGCAGAACUUCACUUCAAACAGCUGCUGGAAUACUUUUGGAAAACUGUCCCAAAAAAGCAGUUUGUCAGCCGUGCUGGCUCACGCGAGGUGUUGGAGAAACCAUUUACUAGUUGUCGCCUCUCGUGUGUAUUUUUUUUUUUUUAAGUGUUUGUAUUAGUAUGUUUGUGUUUGCAAAGUGGAGCCGGUGCGCCCAACAACUCUGCUCUUAGCUCUACGCCAUGGGGGGUUGCCAUAGUUACCCCUCAGGCACAGAAGAUGACGGCACAUCUCUUCACCCUUCAGACAUCACGAACGAAAAACUGGGCAUUAAUAACAAUAACCUGGAGGAGCGUCCAUACCUCCAGCACCAGAAUGUAUGCCAGCGGAUCACGCACACAGAUGUGAGCACCCUCGCAACCUUGCCACCCGGAAUCGACCGAUCAGAGUGGCUCGCCAGCAACACGGUGGCGUUUUUCAAACAUGUGAACCUGUUCUCCAGUGCCCUGUCUGAGUUCUGCACACCCAGCACCUGCCCGACUGCCUGUGGACCAGGCAACAUGGUUUAUGUUUGGACGGACGACCACGGCAGGAAGCUGAAGUGCUCCGCUCCCCUUUACUUCGACUAUGCCAUGUCAUACAUUCAGGAGCUGCUCACUGAUGAUGAUGUGUUCCCCACAAAAGCAGGUUCAGUGUUUCCAACAGGCUUUGUCUUUCUGGUCCAGAAGGUGUUUUUGCUUCUGUUCAGGACUCUGGCUCAUAUUUACUGGUCUCACUACAGCGAGACCCUGGCGUUGGGUCUGCACCCACACCUCAACACACUUUUCACACACCUCACACAUUUCAGCCAGCAGCAUGCGCUGCUGGAGCCGGAAGACACAGAGCCGCUGCAGGACCUCAUCGUAGCUCUGGGGCAGCAGCGCUACAGCUAGAAGGAAGGAAAAAAAUGCAAAC